UGUGCGUGUGCGUGUGCUCAGCCUCAGCGUGAGGGGCACCUGCUCGUCUAGGCUCUCAGUAGAGGCAGCCUCGCCCGGAGCUGCCGCUGCUUGCCGCCUCUGGUGCUGCCGCUCACAGGCGCUUGAGCUCCCCGUUGCCGCCGCCGUCGCCGCCGCCGCCGCCUUGCCAGCCUGAGUUGGGCUCCGUGGGGCUUCCCCCCUCGCAGCCUCGGUCCUUCCCCGCUGCCGGCAAGUCAGCUUUGCUCCGAGUCACGUGUCAGUGCCUGAGGCAGAGACUGAGAGAAAAAAACGCGCUUCAUUCCUUCUUCCACCGCCAUACUGUAUUUUAUCCUAAAUCUCAUUUUUAUUCCAACAUUUUACUCCCGCUCGGUGAGUACCUUCUCAGUGGCAUUCUUGUCCUCUUCUUCUUCUUUUUUUUGUCCUUUUUUUGUUUUUGUUUUUGUUUUUUUGUUUUUUUUCUUCUUUUUUUUUUUCCACUUCUUUGAUUAUUGUUUAUAUUUGGGAAAGCUGGAGGAGCAUGGUUUUGAGCCUUUUCCUGAAUCCAAGUUUUUAUAGCAUGCGAUGGUUCUGUAGACAAGGCGCUGUGUCUGGGAGUCGCGGCGACCGUGCCCGCUGGGAGCGACUCCCAAGUCCAGCAAAAUAUGCAACUGGUUUUAAGGAAAAAGCGAUGUGAAGUAUGGUGCCUAUUUUUUUUUCCUUUGUAAAAAAUAAAAAGCAUGUUUCUAACUCUUUUUUUGGCAUACUCUUUUUCUGAUAAGAUUUUUUUGUAUAGGUGGGAUUUUACGGCAGUGUUUACAAGUUUGUGGUUUUGCAAUACUGGUACCUGGUACAAACCACUGAGCAAAUACAUUAAUUUUCUAUUUUUUGUGCCCUUUUUGGAAGCCGGUGAGAACAAAUUGGUUUUUUUUAACCUCCUGUUUUUGCUACCCAUUGAUAACAUGAAACUUUUCUUGCAGCUGGUGCCUGGGAUGAUUUUUAAGCAAAUACUUUUUUCCUCCUUUAAAUUAACUGUGACUUUUGCACAUCUGACUUUUUUUAAAAGACCGAGAUAAUUUUAUGAUAGAUAUCCUGAUAUCUAUAUUAUCCCUUCUUCCUCCCCCUCCCCUCCCCGUAAAUCAAUUUUCAAAUGAUGGCAGUGGAAGGUUUUUCUGGAAAAAAAAAAAUGAAGUGCGGUUUGGUUUCCUUGUCAACGGAGGAUGAAGUGAACAGCUGAGCAGCUCGCAGAGAGCAGGGUUAAAACAAGGCGAGCCAACCAUGACUGGCAAAACGCAGACCAGCAAUGUCACCAAUAAGAAUGACCCCAAGUCCAUCAACUCUCGAGUUUUCAUUGGAAAUCUAAAUACAGCCAUUGUCAAGAAAGUUGACAUUGAAGCCAUUUUCUCAAAAUAUGGAAAAAUAGUUGGCUGCUCAGUUCACAAAGGUUACGCAUUUGUACAGUACAUGAGUGAGCGACACGCAAGAGCUGCAGUGGCUGGAGAAAAUGCCAGGAUCAUCGCUGGACAACCACUGGAUAUCAACAUGGCAGGAGAACCCAAACCAUACAGACCGAAACCCGGAAAUAAGAGGCCCCUUUCUGCACUUUAUAGACUUGAGUCAAAGGAGCCUUUCCUGUCUGUUGGUGGCUAUGUCUUUGACUAUGAUUACUACAGAGAUGAUUUCUACAAUCGGUUAUUUGAUUACCACGGCCGUGUGCCUCCACCUCCCCGCGCUGUAAUUCCACUGAAGCGUCCCAGAGUGGCUGGAACAACUACUCGCAGGGGAAAAGGAGUCUUUUCCAUGAAAGGAGGAUCGAGAUCUACUGUCAGUGGAUCUUCUUCAUCCGGCUCUAAAUUGAAAUCAGAUGAGUUACAGACAAUCAAGAAAGAAUUAACCCAAAUCAAAACUAAAAUUGACUCCUUGCUAGGGCGCCUGGAGAAGAUUGAGAAGCAGCAGAAGGCGGAGGCAGAAGCUCAGAAGAAGCAAUUGGAAGAGAGUAUAGAGCUGAUCCAAGAUGAAUGUGUGUCAGAGAAUGCAGAUCACUCUACAGAGGAGCCCGCUGAAGGAGGGCCAGAUGCGGAUGGAGAAGAGAUGACUGAUGGGAUAGAGGAGGACUUCGAUGAAGAUGGGGGUCAUGAGCUGUUUCUACAGAUAAAGUGAUCUGAAGUAAUGAAGGAUGCCAUGAAAGCAGAAAAGAGAAACUGUGACAACCCCCAGAAAUGUGAAAGGAGGUUUCUUAAUGGAGAGCAGCAUCUUUGGUUCAAUUUAUAAAAACCCAAAUAAAUAACAUGGACAGUAUUGUUCAAUUUUAGGAAUUCCAUUUCUUCUAUGUUCUAAGCUGUAUAAUUGUCAGGUUUUUAUGGUUUAGAUUGUAAAUGUGUUUUUCCCUUUGCUAAUUAUGCUUUUUUUUAAGUCUUAAAACAUGAAGGACAUUUAUGAAUGGUAAGGGAGACACUGUAUACAAAUGUAUAUUUGUAAAAGCUAUUUUUAUGAUUAGCAUGUUUUAUUGUUGACCAUAUAUAAAAGUCAGGUGAUAUUGCAAUUCUACAUUUAAAGCUUAUUUCCAAAAAUGUCUUGUAAGAAAAGAUGCAUUGUAUGCUAGUUUUUAUAAUUUAUUUUUAAUUUAUAGUUUAAAGUACUUCAGAUCAUAAGGAUAAAAUACUUGAAAAAGUUAUAUUUCUGCCCUCAAUAAGCACCAUUUUUAUUAAUAAAGAAUGCACAUAUUUCAGAUGUGAUUCGAUAGUUAAAGGAUUGUUGGUUUGACCUGUGAUUAAAUUGAGCAUUCAGUUUUACUUGACUAAACUGAAAUGAUUCAAUUAAUACCCAGUACUUUGGUCUAAGUAGGAGAUCUCAUGGACAGGUUUUAAUGCCAGUACAGGUGAGAACCAGAUUGGCAAAGAAGAUUGUCUUGUCUUUGGAUACAGAAGUCCAAAUCAGUGCAUUCAUCACUCAUUUCAUCUCCUAUUGCUAGGAAGUCUCCAUCCCCCAGCAUUGCAAGUGUUUUCCAGAUGCUCUUAGCUGUUGUCUUGUGCUGUGGAAAUGGAAGAAACCAUCUUCACAGACUGUAGGAGAAUUCAGCAUAUAAUUUCUUAAUAAAUACUGUUUCUUUUAAAACAAA